AUCGCGCAGGUGCGCGUGCAAACCACGCGACGCACGAUCCGGCUCUGCUCCAGUAAUUUCACCAAGCACUGCGUCCAAACCUUAUGCGGCCCUGCUGCGCGGCCGAUGACGCCAAAGGACCUGAUGCGACGGCAAAGCUCCACCGAAAGCGUCUGCAAGGUGGGAGCACAGAGCGGCCGGCUACGAGAGUCCGCUGCGUGCCUGGUCGGCAGCUUUUCCAGCGUGUGCCGGUCGGUCCACCAGCUCCUCUCCAGCCUGCGCUGCGGGCGGAGCGUCUCGGGCCACCACCGGGUGGACCUGGACAGGUCAUGCAAGGUCCGCGCAGCCGACGGGUGCUUGCACCUUGCGGAGCUGUCCCUAUGGAACAACUUCAUGCGGGUCAUCAUGAUCGAGCUACGCGAAGCAUGGCUGGCCCUCAAUUGCCUGCGGGGACGCGUGGAUCCUUUGGUCUCCAACGAGCAGCGCAGGCGCUCUUUCGUUCUGGUUCACUGGCCGCUGGUGGAGCACCGCUCCACCGAGUUUCUCGAGCUGUGCGAGUCACGCAUGCCACCAAAGCAGUUCCUGUUACGGGACGGCCUCGUGCUUAGCGACAACCUGAGGCACGCCAGGCUCUGCUACCACCUGCCGGUCUACCCGUCCAGGGACCCGAUGGACGCGCUACGCUCCACUGUGACCACGCUCGACACGCUGGAAAUCGUGAGCGUGCGCUUCUCGAGCGUGGGUGUGAGCUGUGCGAGCUGGUCGACAGGUGCGACGCCAUGCGCACACUCGCAUUCCUCGAAAACUGGAUCGGCGUGUCCGUGGCGUUGACGCGCUGAUGCACCGUGGUACGCGGCAGCGCCAGAUCCACGUCGCCGAGCUGUUCCCGACGGUUGACACCCGCUACGGGCUGGCCGACCUCGUGUCCUGCAUCGCAGCCAUUGCGGAGCUCGUCGUGACCCGCUGUGCGACAGGAACGUACGGGACGCUUCAUGGUUUCACGGCGCUGUUCGUCCUUCGCGCAGCUGGGUGCGCGAAGCGCGAGGCACUCGCAAAGUUCAACUUCGAAAUCAACGAGCUGCACCUCGGAUACCUUUUAUUGCGUUGAGCGAAUCGCUCGGUUGCCUGGCCCAUUUGAUUGCUUUUGCAGGUCAGCGCGAGAUUCUUUCGAUUUUCAAUGUAUAUUAAACAGAAUUAUUUAGGUAGUUUGAUGAAUUUGAAUAAAGUCGCACAAUAAGCAAUGGGACUUACACCCAAGUUAA